GUUGCGCACAUUAUCACGGUGUUAUGUUUUUUUUUAUUUUAAUGUUGAUGAACAACAAUCACGGCUUAUUUACUGCGCGCAAUCUUUUUCUAUUUGUCAAAAAUUUGUUAUGUGUGUGUUGAAUCUGUUGAUAUUACUGGCAUUAUAAAAUUAGAUUUUAUAAUCAAUUAAAUUUAUUCUAUCUAAGUAAAACUUGAUUGCCUGUAAUCGGGGAAUUUAAAAUGAAGCAUAUAGGGAAGAUGCACUGAUUCAGGGACGCGGAAGAUGAGGUGAUAUCGUUGUACGUGUUUGGGAAGAAUCGCCAUAAUUUCCUACACUGAUUGCUGGCAAUCCAGUCCCAUAUAAUAUAUAAAGCUAACAAUGGUUUGCCGCCAUUGGGCAUUGUGGAUCUCUUUCGGUAUUGUGAUAUCGCUCGCCGGGACGUUAAGCGCCGCCGAUCCCGAUGAAGACCUGGCCUACCCAAUGGUGCGGAAACUACGCUCCACCACCAGAGCUACCCGGGCUACCACUACAGAAGACAGUGACCUAACUGAUACCACCGUCGAGGACACUUACCGCGACCAGCGGACUACCACGAAAUCCACCAAAGCCUCAACGACAACUACGGAAGCGCCCACGACGGAGGAGCAUAUCGAGGUCAAAACCCGACGUCGGGGCCCCACUACCAGUACCUCCACAACCACGACGACUCUGUCGGCCGGUACGGAAGUGAUCGCCGGGACCUCCGACGAAGAAUCCUACCGCGUCAAGACAUCGACAACGAAAGCGCGACCCUCGACAACGGAGGAGUUGUAUGGCGCCCGCCGGAUAACCACCACACCGGCGAUCGUCACCACCACCACAUCCACCGCCGGUACGGAAGUAAUUGCCGACGUCUCUGACGAGGAAUCGUAUCGCGUAAAGACGACGACAGCGCGCUCAACGAUAACGGAGGAGAUGUAUAACGCGCGGCGGAUGUCGACGACAGCGGCUAGCGGGUCAGAGUUAUUAUCGGGGAAUUCCCAGGAGGAAUCUAAUGCGACGGUGCCUAGUGCGGCAACGACCGUUAGCGCGAUUCCAGCAAAACAGAUCACUUCGGCUGAGGUUAACGUUGCAACUGCCAAUAAAACCAACCUACCGGAAGUGAGCACCACCUUAUACUUCAGCAUUAACCAGUACGCUCGCCGCAAACGUCAAGCCCCGCCCACCGCCGGUCGCAGCACCGGGGUCAAGCAGGUGCGGGUCCUGAUCCGCACCGCCACCCCGGAGGAGAUCGCCAAGGCGAAGGAGGUCCCGGCGGCCACACCCAUUCAGAUCGGAGUCAACUGUCUAACGAUGACCCUGCAGAGCGAAAAGCAAGCGGUAAUUAAUAGGGGCGGCCCGAACACGAAGUGUAAGGGCGCCAAAAUGGUACCGAUGAAGGAGGCCUUUGCGGCCAAUGUUGGAGCGCUGGAUGUGCGCAUUGCCGAUAAUUUGGCGACAAAUACGUCGACGGCGGCGGACCUUGGAGUCGGACCGUGUUUUCCGUUCGCGGUGGAACUGGUGAUGAAUGGCGCGUAUGUCUCGCUGCAGUCCAAUGACGACGAGAUGAGCGUAACGGACUACGCGGACACCUUGACCUUGGACCGGUUAGGCAGGCGCGCGUCAAAGACGGUCGUCGCCAAGUUAUACCGGCUUUUGUCAUCGAAUGUUGACGUGGACAUUCAGGGCAUGGGUCUGACCAGCAAGAAGUCUCCGCAGAAUCUCAACUCCGGCAACAGUUUGUUGCAGAUGAACAUUCCCACCAAUAAGGCACAGAGCGCCCACGUUAUUCUGCUGGUGCAUAGCGGGCAAAACGGACAGUGUAAUACCACUCAAUUCAUCGAUGAAGAAGCAUCCGAGUUCUCCUCGGGCGACACAUCAUCCGGUGGCGACAGCAUGACGAAAGUCGGCAAACCCGGCGGACUGAAAUCGGGCGGUAAGGUCAGAACGUCACCGAGUAAGAACGGUAACGGAUCCACCGAACACAGCGGUACCGAUGAAGACGUCGCGCAACAAAACCCAGGAAACAAUGACGCCCUUGGGGUUUCAACAUCGUCGCCUAAUAACGGAUCGAACGCUUCCAACAACAGUGACACCGAUGAUUUGGGUGACAAUAAUGGUGGUGGCGGACGCGGUAACGGCACAUCCCUGACACCAAACGCCGGUAACGCCGGUAACGCCGGUAACAGAGAUAAUAGUACCAACGAGAUCGACAACGCCGGGACACCGGUAACUCCCAUCAACGGGAGCAAAGCCGACCAAUCUGGAGGUAAUAAUGGUACGGCGAAUGCCGGUGACCUUUCCAACGCAGGCGCCGGUAACGCUACCACGCAAGUAACCAACGCACCGGGAAUCCUUGCCACCCCGGCUUCGGCUGGAUCAGCUGCGGAUGCAUCGGCAGGAGGACGAGCGGCGGCGUCUGGAAAUGCCGGUCAAGUUGGUACCGGGAACCAAGGAGUUGGUAAUUCUUACGGCGGUGGCCAGCCGGCGUAUUCCGGCGGUAACGGUUAUUCCGGCGGUGGAGGUUAUUCGGAUGGAUACGGUAAUACGUACGGAGGAAACGGGUUCGGUGGGCUAACGGGAGGGUACGGGCUACCCUUCCCCGGGAUGCUGCCAGGAUACGGGAUAUUUGGUUUGGUGGGGCCGUAUGGACUUUUCGGUCCCUGGGGAUAAACGGUUUCACGGUGAGGGUCAAAAUGUUGGAGUUGGCAAAUGUCAGAUAAAUUCAAUUCGCACAAUCCUCCUUUUCUUGCCGUAUUAGCUAACAUUUUCAGGAUUAGUAUUUAAAACUUCUCAUGCCCAUGUAACGUUUGUUCUGUGGCGGCUGCCACGUAAAAACAUGGUGAAAGGCGAUAAUAAUUAUUAUGGGAAGACGAAAUUUGGAAAAUGGUAGAUU